AUUUACAUUCACUGUUUUUAAUGUAUUACAAAGUCCAUAUUCAAGUUCCUCGAGAGUGACAAGGAAGCAAUUCGGUCUCAAAGUUAAGGGGCGGAUUACUGUUUUCGAAUUGACGUUGAUGCAUGUGGUAUUUACCCAGAAUUAUUACAAUUUUGCAGGUUUUAAGUAUUAAUAAUCGUUAAAAAAACCUCAGCACAUGCGCAGUUAAGACGUUCUUACGCUCAUUUCCGAACUGGUCAUUCAGUCUUCCGACCGCAUCAAAAUCAUCUUAAAAUUAAUUUUAAAAAAAAUGACGUUGGCAACCAAUUUUGUGCGUGAGAUAUGUCGAGGCCUGUUUGUGAGAAGUGGAAUUAUUGCGGAUACUGCGAAGUGCAAGUCGGACACAAAAUACCGUAGGACAAAGCUAGCUCGAACGGCUAGUUGAGUCGCUGUAGUUUGACGAUUGGAGAAUUAUUUAUACUAUACACGCCAACCGCAAUAUACAAACAUUGUUCUAGAAAUUGCGAGUAUUGUCAGCACAUAUGAUGACAACUUUACUCGUUACCUUUAAUUACGAGCUAACGGCCUCGGAUGAUUCGAAAUACAAAUUUUAAACAAGAACACGCUGAGUUGAAGGGAAAUUGGAAAAGUCGCCGCAUUUACUGUCAGGACUCGAAGGGAAAUAAAUAUGAAUACAGGUGUGCAACUUCCAUUGUCUGCGUUGCGCCUCCUGGUCUCACCGGUUAAGAUCGUUUCUGCUGCAAUCUGGCAAAUCAUCGAGCAUCGAGUUGUGGCUGAUUAUGGCAUGCUGGAGGAUUUUGUUUCCAUGGUGACAGACGUUGUGCCAGAGUUGCUGACCAACUGUCAGCGGACACAACUCGUCCUGGGCCUCAGAGCACAGCUGAUCCUGGAGUUAUGUCGUUUCGAAGGCGAGGCUCAUUCCAGUGAUGUAGAGCAACACCUGGAUAGGAUGAACAUCCUUGUCAAGACCUGUGCUGUAAACGACGAUGUUAAUCCAUGCGCAAGUUUUGUGGAUUUUGUGAAAUACUUGCUGAACAAUCCUGCAGAGAGGGAACACUUUUUCACUGAGGUUUUUCCCAAGGAGUUUGGCCCAUCAUACGAUAAGGCUCUUAAGUCCCUGAUGGAACUCUUUCUUUCCAGACUUGAGACAUUUCUCCCUGGGCAAACCUUCCAACAGGUUGCCACCACGUGCGGUGAGGUGUCCUCUGUUCUGGGAGACUCCUUGAAGACCAUGCGGAGCUGUGAUGCGCUCAGAACUCUGCUUCGGCAUCACAAGUCCCGCAACCUUCUUGGACACAAUGAUAUUUACUCGGAUGACACCUCCAUCGUGUCUGCUCUCAAGUGUGCCGCAGUCAAAGAUAUUUUCUUGCAGGAGACUCUUGCAUGUACAUCUUCUCCACAUAAAGAAGCUAAAACAACCACCACAGGGAAUCGGGGCAUGGUAGCGCUCGAUGAAGCUCCUGGAAUGGUUGAGUGUGCUUCUAAAGAAAUCCCAAAUAAUGAAGAAAAUGUCGAAAGUCAAAUGAGAACGGAUAGCUGCGUUGAAGGGAAAACACUUGAUGGGUCUUUACAGUCUGGAUCUUUGUGUUUGAACCAAGGACCAAGGACGAAAACGACUUUGGCGGAAGAGAACAAAGUUGGGCUUGGCGGUAAAGAGGAGCUCCCGGUUAAGAAAUCCGUUUCCAGUUCGAUGAAAGCAUCGAUGGUGAUACCUUCGGAUUACUCUGACAUCGAAGACAAUGGAAGCGAAGAAUCUUCCUGGUCUUUCUACUCAGAUGAGGACUCUCGCGGUUAUCCAAGUCCGUGGUCCGGAUGCUCUGGUGAGGAUGUGACCUCUGUCGGGUCAUCUCCAAAUGUCUUAAAUAAGGUCACUCCCGUCAGAAACGAAGACAAACUAUCAGCGGCUUGCAGCACAAAGCGUCUCACCAGCCAAAAGAGCGCUCCUCAAAAAAAGCCCCGUCAAGUCAUGUGCUUCAUCUGCAACGAGCAAGUGAGCACCAACCUGAAAACUCACUUGAGAACCCACUUUCCGGACGGUCAAUACACCUGCCCGCAAUGCAACAGCAGGUUUAAACUCUUCUCAUCUCUGAAGAAGCAUUUGGUCAAAAAAUGCUACGAGCACGCUCAGCAGCGGGCGGAACCUGGGCCGGACCAGGAUCUUUAUAAAUGCGACGGCUGCGAAAAGGCCUUCAAGCAUAGCCGGUCACUGGAGGCCCACAAACAGACCCAUGCCGAACUCUAUUGCGGCGUGUGCAGGAAAGUCUUAAAGGACGCCGCGUCGUUGGAACGACAUAAGGCCUCCCACACCGAGUUUCGGUGUACUCGCUGCGAGCAGACCUUCACUCUUUUCAAGCCCUUGCGCAGACAUUAUCAAUAUUUCCACAAGAUUAGCAGACCCUUUAAGUGCAUCUGCUGCUCCAAAACAUUCUCCAGGCUUGAGCAUUUAAUCCGACACGAAUGGAGGGACACCGGUCAGCUGCCGUUAAAGUGCAAUAUUUGCGCCAUGGGAUUUCGAAGCGAUUACGAUCUGGUUUCGCAUCAGAGGGUUCACACAAAGGAGAAACCCUACCUCUGCGGAGAGUGUGGGAAAACCUUCUCCCAGAAGCCCAAUCUGCUGCGGCACCAUCGCCUCAUCCACAGCGAGCAGAAAGACGAAAAGAAAUACUUUUGCGCCGAGUGUCAGACGUCCUUUAAAGAGAAAGGGGCUCUGCUACAGCACCAGAAGCGCAAACACCUCAACGAAGUCACCCGCAGCCGUCUGUGCCCGUACUGCGGGAAGUCAUUCUCGGCGUCAUCCAUCGCUCGGCAUAAGUUGAUCCACACCGGAGAGCGACCUUUAAAGUGCAACGCUCCCGAUUGUGACAAGACCUUCUUGACGGCCACCGAGCGGAAGAAGCACUUUCUCAUGCACCACUCGACCGAACGACCGUUCAAAUGUGAUAUUUGCGGAAAGGGCUUCAUCACAGUCGGGAUACGGAAUGAGCACGUGAAGCUCCAUUCAGGCAAGAAGCCGUUUGUAUGCGAAAUUUGCAUCAAGGGUUUCUCAAAGCGCCACACCUUGAAUAGACACAAGAAACUUGUGCAUGAUGUUCUAAGUUAGGACCCGCUCCAUUUACGAGUUCUGGUCCUUGCGUACCAAAAUUUGAACACAAGUUGAGACGUGUCGUAGUCUUGUCACUAACACAGGAAUGCUAAAUGCUAAUUAAUGACUCCAAAGGGCUAUUCUUCUUCCGUCUAAUCUCGUUUUAAUUCAUAAAAUGGGUCUGAAGAUGACAGAGAUAAAUUUAACCGUGUCAUGGACAGCGGUUACUACAGUGGACAGCUUUUAUCAUGUUAUCGGGUGACAAGGUGCAUGAAAGGGUGAAGUUAUUGAACAACAAUGUUGCGUCAGUAUUUGUGAGAUAAAGGUGUGUUAAUGAAUUUGCCAGUUUCAUCUGCUUUUUUUGUGUAUUAUACUGAAAAUGCUGAAGCUAAACAAAUACCAUUUCGGUUUGGAUGCAAUGAACUUUCUUGUCUGUUUGUUUCUUCCAUAUGUAAACUUUUUUUCUGAUAUUUCUCUUCAGUUAGGAUUCAGGUCGUUUGUACAGAAAACUGAGUACCUGUUCACAAAAUGGCCUACAAGCACACACCUAGGUGCAGCGAUUGAAGUUAUUGGAUACAUGGUUGGUGAUGCAUUUGUAACUUGAUUUGAGAAUAUUUUGCCAUGAACAAAUUAGCAAUGCAUCAUGUUCCUUUUUUUUCAAUGUAAAAAAAAAAGAAGGCUUCCAUCUUUUGCA